GCACUGCGCAUGCGCGAGCAAUAGGCAGCGUCAUCACUUCGCCCUAGCUCUACGUGUAUCUUCAGAAGCUGCUGGUGUUGCUGGAAGCUCACUGUAUUCUGCUUUCGACAAGACUUUCAAAUAACACCGCUGAGAUGGAUCAGGUCAUGCAGUUUGUUGAGCCCGGCCGGCAGUUUGUGAAGGACUCCAUCAGACUGGUGAAGAGAUGCACAAAACCUGAUAGGAAAGAGUUUCAGAAGAUUGCCAUGGCCACAGCGAUUGGUUUUGCAAUCAUGGGCUUCAUUGGGUUCUUUGUCAAGCUCAUCCACAUUCCCAUUAACAACAUCAUUGUUGGCGGCUAAACUGUGCACAGGAGACUGAACUGCUGGACUUGUGCCUUGCUGAGUUUGAUUUUUUUUUUUUUUUUUUUUUUUUGUAUGUAUGUAAAUUAAAGUAUUGCAAGAUCUUUUUUUUUUUGGUAAAAAUGUUCCACUACAACUUGUAUUUAGCUGCCCUGAAUUACAUAAAAAAA